AUGAGUCAAAUUGCACUUCCCACUGGGACCUCCCCCGCAGUUCUCCUGGAGUCCGUGUCUGUGUCUUUUUCACAGGAUCCAGACAAUAAAAAGGAUAAUAAAAAGGAAAAGCAGUUUACUGAAAGGGAUGCGUGGUGGCUGUAUUCAUAUAGGGAAACCCCUUAUCCUGGGAGUUACGAGGUACGUGACUUUCUCCAAGAUGCAAAACUUAAUCCUGUCCAGCAGUCAUAUAGCUUCAGAGGGCAAGGACGGAAGAUGCCCCUGAGCACAGCGGGAUCUGGAGAAGCUUUGUUGCCUGGCUGCUACAAUGUCCUGGAAUUCUAUGACCUGGUGGAACAGAUGCCACGUACUUAUUCAUUCCGGAACACCUCUCGGAGUGCGAUGCUCCCAGGAGUAAGAGAUAAGGACAUAAACACAGAUCCCUGUCGGUAUAAUCUCAUGACACCGCCUGUAGAUGAUCACCCAUGCAAGCAUGUAAUGUUCCGUUCCGCGGUGCAGAGGUUUCCAACAGCGUACUUUAUUCCUAAAGAAGGACCAGGACCCGGAGACUAUAAUCUGAAAAGUGCCUCCUCUCCUUGUAUUUCAUCAAGUUUCAGAUCCAAUGUGCCCAGGUUCCGCUCAUGUCAUAAUAAAAAUCCCGGUCCUGGAACGUAUGAUCCGACAAGACAGCUCCUGAAACAACCACCCACAGUUGCCAAAAUGGGUCGCAUGCACGGUCUUUUCUUCCGUAAUUCAUUUGACUUUUAAAUUGUGAAUCACAGAACAUAAUUAGAGAUCUGUUCUUUCUGCUAAACGGAUUCUGUUUGUGAAAUGCUACGGCAUGAUGUAUACACCAGUCAGCAGCUGGCGAGCAGCUGUUGGCGAUGGCCUCGCACUGUCCCAAAUAACAUAAUGCACUCGGCCAGCGUGCUUGCACUUAGCUUCUGCACAUGCAUUAUAGGAAAGCGGCCACUGACUGCAUGCAAUUGCUGACAAAGGGCCUCAUCCAUGUUUAUACGCAAAUGCAAUUGUAAUUAUGAUUUUCUAGGCUACAAAACUGCUAAUGUUAGCAAGUGCUGCUGUCGGGAUGUAGUCAGGUGACCAGCUGUCGGGAUCCCGGCGGCCAGCAUACCGAUGUCGGUAUCCUGGCCGCCAGGAUGCUGGCAGGGGGGCGCAGGGCUAUUCCCACUCGUGCACAGCGAGCCGGCAAGGGGCUUUGUUUCGCUCUGCAUCCUGGCAGCCAGGAUCCCUGUGUCGGUAUGCUGGCCACCGGGAUCCCAACAGCCGAUCACCCGACGCCAACCUCUGCUGCUGCCCAGAAGUGAGAAGAGGCACCCACUGGAGCCAUCGCAAACUCAUUCGCAAUUGCGUACACAUUCGCAGCCUAUAUACAAAAAUGAAUAACAUUGAAGUUAAGGGUAGGUCUAUGGCUACGCAGAUCGCACACAGCAGUAACGACGCAAGUUCCAUCUUUUUUCACGUAUGAGAUCACAGCAGGUACACGCCCCGAAAAUGGCUAAGUCACAUCUGUGUUUUUACAACCACUCCCUCCUAACACCUCCAACGGUUCCUUCCUGUCAAUCACUGAAAUCCUCAUUGUGAGCGGGAUCAAAGCAACACCUUGACGCACGCGUAUUGUGAUCGCAGCACAUGCCCACGCUGACGAUAAUGGCUCCAUUGCUUGAACAUUAGCCACUGCGUACAAACAUGAAUUGGGCUCAAACAGUAUGACGAGCAUAAUGUUGACUGAGAUUUCUGCUUCCCACUAUAUUUUAUAAAGGGCAUUUGCACACCACAAAAUAUGCAGGCACACAGAGCAUCUCAUUUUGCGCAAAUGCACUUAAUACUUCCACGUACUAGUAUUUGGAAUUGCUCCCAGAAACACAAAUCACAACUAAUUUUCUUUGAUUACUUUAGGGAUGGCCAACAACCAUUGAUGUUACUAAACCAUUGAUGGUCUAUGGCUGAAGUCGAAUACUUUUACCAUCAAUUGCGGAGAACCGGAUGGUUUCCUGCCAUCGAUGGUUUGCCCAUUUACACACUGCUGCUGCAUAGAGGGUGUCAGCCAGCUGCCCUGCACCGCCCCGGCUCAUACACACAGAGAGGUCUAUUUAUGAAGCAGUGAAAAGAGAGGAGAAAUUUAGC